AUGUCUAGCCCUCUUCUUGACGAGAGUUCAGCCCUCGCGGUUGGAGUUACCAUUUUCACCAUAGCUAUCGCCGUCCUAUCCUGGAAGGCCGUCCAGGCCAACACACAAGAUUCGGCCGCAACUGCGCGACGCGCCUGGAGGAUUCGGGAUACUGAAACACGAGAACUACCUGCGCAGGAGGAGUUGGACGAGCUCGACAAAAAUAUGCCUAGCCUAGAGGAGCUGAAGGCACAGCUCGCCGAGAUGGAGGCAAAUACGCCUGAGGCUCGGGAGAAGGAGACUAUUCGGAAAGCGAUCGAGCUCGCCCAGGAGAACGAGGCAACUGCCGUGGCAACACUGGCCUAUUUGCGCGAGAACCGCGAGCGGCUGGAGCACGUGCAGGCGUCGCUGGGUCGAAGAUCAGGAAGGGAAGAACUGGUUAACACAGUCAUCAUCGUCGGUCUCUAUCUGAGCUUCGAGCUCGUUUGA